AUGGCUACUGGGAACCCCAUUGUUAUACGCCGCCAGCAUUCGUCUGGACUCGCAGCCGUCACUGCUGAUGCGGUGCAGCUUAUGCUGCUGAAUGUUGGCGAGACAGGCAGGCCGCGGGGUACUCAGCUGCUGGAGAGCGGAACUACUCGUAAAGGGCGUCUCGGAAGCGUCUCCCUUUCUUUUGUGCCCAUGUCUGAGACAACGAGCUUUACCUACUACCCGAGACAGCCAACCAAACAUAACCACCCUGCCUACGAGAACCCCGCAAACUGCGCUGGAAUUCGCCGCCAUUCACAACGCCUUUUCGGCACCAAGAAGCUCGAUGACAUUAUCGCCACAACAAGCGAAGCUGGCGGAUCUAGCUCUGAGGAAAUCGCACGCGAUUUAUGCCGGGAGCACCCUAAUCUCUUGAUCUAUGGCGCCCACGUCAGGUCAACACAAAAACGGCUCCUCAACAGCGUGUACGGGCCUAGCUCCUCCACACAGGCAUUCCUCGAUCAGGCACCGCAGGCACUACAGGCAGGAUCACAAGAUACAGGAAUUAUAGCUCCUGCCACCCGAUUUGGCAGCCACUUUGAUCUAUAUACGUAUUACCUCAACGCCUCUUUAGACCCUCUAUCACAGCCUCUAUCACAGCCUCUACCGCGGCCUACAUCGACAAUAAUUGGCGGCUAG